CAACCUUAGACCCAAUAAUCUGUACCUUAUAGAACAAUUAUCUCCAAUUCAUCUUCUCCAAAUAAUCUGAAUAGAGAGAGAAAAAUAGAGGAGAAAGAAAAUGGUGAAAAUGGGUACAUUCUUCGCGAUGUCAUUGGGUGCUUUCGCCUUCUGGCAAUCUAUGGACAAAGUUCAUGUUUGGAUCGCUCUUCAUCAAGAUGAAAAGAGAGAACGAGAGGAGAAGGAAAUGGAGAUCAGGAGAGUGAGGGAAGAGCUCAUGCAACAAGCGAAGCAAAGGGAUUCUGUUGCAUAAUUUUUAUAGCUUACAUGGAGCUAUCUGUAUUUUGCUGUUAUCCUUGAGUGUUUUUAUUCUGACUUUUGAUCAACUUAUCAUAAAUUGCAUUCUGAUAAAUCGAUGGAAGAUUCCUGUCGUAAACAAAGUACUGCGUUGAGCUUAUAAAAUAUUCAAUGGCAAGUACACUGGUAUUUUUUUCACGGAUUAUUGGCAAAAUUUCAGAUUUGCUUCUUGUGUCU